UUGCAUUUCCAUGUUGUGUGUACUGUGGGAGACCAGAUAUAGUGAAUGCAGGGGUCCAGGGAGACCAGAUAUAGUGAAUGCAGGGAGACCGGAUAUAGUGAAUGCAGGGAGACCAUAUAUAGUGAAUGCAGGGUCCGGGGAGAGCGGAUACAGUGAAUGCGGGGUCCGGGGAGAGCGGAUAUAGUGAAUGCAGGGUCCGGGGAGACCAUAUAUAGUGAAUGCAGGGUCCGGGGAGACCAUAUAUAGUGAAUGCAGGGUCCGGGGAGAGCGGAUACAGUGAAUGCGGGGUACGGGGAGAGCGGAUAUAGUGAAUGCAGGGUCCGGGGAGACCGGAUAUAGUGAAUGCAGGGUCCAGGGAGAGCGGAUAUAGUGAAUGCAGGGUCCGGGGAGA